GGGGUCGCGGUAGGGCAGUGUCAGUGUGGCUAAGGUACUGCUGUGCGCGGCCGUGCCGUGCGGAGCUGUGGGACGACUGUGGCGUAAUGUGACACGUGCGCAAGGGCUCACUUGUUGGACUAACGCAGUUGCAAGCUAUUUCAACAUCAAUCUGCCCAGGUUUUAUCUUCCAUGGAUCUCCUAGAAAGCUUGGCACAUCUCGAUUUGUGGGAUGAUUUGGAGGAAAAUGAUCAGACAAAGGUGGCGGCGAGCGAGGCGGUGGUGCGCGCCGUCGCCGCGGCCGCGCCCGCCCUCCUCCGCGGCGGCAAAGGGGCGUCCGCGCUGCAAUCCGCCGCCAGCGAGGGCCGCGAGAGGGCUCUGGCCGCGCUGCUCGCCGCGGGGCUGGACCCCAACUCGCGGGCGCCCUGGGCGCGCGUGCUGCCGCUGCACGCCGCCUGCUCGCGGGGACACGUGUCCUGCGUCCGCCUGCUGCUGGAGCAUGGCGCGGACGCCAAAGCCCAGCAAAAUGCCUCACAGCAAAGUUCCCUGCACUUCGCAGCAGCUGUCAACAGCGUGGAGUGCGUGGAGUUGCUGCUGCAGCACGGAGUGGACAUUAGCGCCAGUGAUUCCAUGGGCCGAACGCCUCUCUGCUACGCCGCAGAGACAGGCGCUGCGGAAAGCUUGCGGGUUCUCGGGGCGAGAGGUGCCGAUCCCAACAUGACGUUCUCAAGACAAGUCACCCCACUCUUGUUGGCCGCUAAGGGCCGCACGGAACUACACUUGCCCUACCACACCUCUGCUCCCGAACCGCCCGCGGACUACCGGGCGUGUGUAAGAGAACUGAUUCGGUUGGGAGCAGACCCGCAAGUCGCAGACGAAGACGGUUACAACGUUCUCUAUUACGCUAUUAAAAAUGGAAGUAAGGACCUAUUCGUCUAUCUUACUGAUGGGUUAAUCGAUGUUUCAAGCAAAUCGAGUAAAGGAGAGACUCCUUUACAUUGGGCGGCACUUUGGGCGAAGACGGAAUUUAUGCGUGAUCUGGUAAGGGCUGGGAUCGAUAUCAACAGCCGACGGAACGAUGGAAAAACUCCUCUGCAUUUAGCAGUUGACUCUUAUAAAAAAGACUGUGUUGGCCUCCAAGAAAUUCUCGAUCUAGGUGCGGACGUUCACGCCCAAGACAACGAAGGAUGGACGGCGCUUCACCUCGCCUGUAGCAAUAACGUUAAAGAAAUGAUCCCCGUUCUCCUGCGCGCCGGAGCAGACGUAGCGUCGACCACCAACGCGGGCGAAACGCCGCUGCACGUGGCCUGCUGGACCGCGCACGCCGAGUGCGCGACGCAGUUGCUGGACGAGGGCGCGGCCGUCGACGCGGCGGCGGCCGACGGCAAGACGGCGGUGCACUUCGCCGCGCAGUCGUGGAGCACGUGCUGCCUGGAGGAGCUGGUGAAACGCGGCGCCGACCUGUCUGCCAGGGACCAGCAGGGCUGGACGGCGCUGCACUGCGCGGCGGACGCGGGCACCGGCGGGAAGCGGGCGGCGCGAAGCGGAGGAGUGCGCGGCGCAGCUGCUGCGGACUGGGCGCGGCUGGACGUGCGCAACGCCCAGGGCCGCAACGGCGCUGCAUUGCGGCGGCCGGCCGGCCGCAACGAGCACGUGGUGCGCACCGUUGUUGCGGCUGGGCGCGGUCCUGGGACGCGCGCGACGGCCCCAGGCCGCACGCGCGCUGCACGUGCGGCGGCCGGCCCCGGCCGAUCACGUGUUGCGCAGUUGGCUGCUGCGCUGGGCGCGGCGUGGACGCGCGCGCGACGCCCAGGGACCGGCACGGCGCUGCACGUGCGCGGCCAGCCCCGCCCAGCAGGUUGGCGCGCGCUGCUGGAGGCUGGCGCCGACCGCGCGGCGCCGCGAUGCCCAGGGCCACGGCCGCACCGACCACGCGCCCGACCCCGACAUGCGACCUCCUCAUUCGCCGCUGGCCGUCGCCGCGUAGGAGCCGUCGUCGGACAUGUGCGCCUGUAA